AUGACACUCAAGAUAACCAUGCCGGGAAAACAAAAUGUCUUUCGAGAGGAUGGGUAUGGUGCUGCAGACUGUCAACUCCUCAUUAGUCCAUCUGAGAUUGCAAGACCUCGUCAACGGCUCAAGGCUCUCACUGAUAUUGCCUGCCAUAUACCUACACUCAGCGUGCUCCGACUAGAAUAUAACAACAUAGGUAAUCUCUCUGAGGAAUUUCUGCAGUCAUGUAAACAUACGACAGAUGUGGACAUAUCAGAUACUGGUCUUACUCAGCUGUCUGACUUUUCAUUCAGAUCAAUAGAGCAAUUAAGUACUUUGAAACUGGGCCACAAUAGGCUUUCUUCUGUGCCAAAGGCCACAAGAAAUCUAACUACACUGAAGAUCUUGGAUCUCAGCUUCAAUAUCAUCAAUAAACUAGGCUGCUCAGAUUUCUCCAAUCUUACAGGACUCACACAACUCUUUCUUUUCCACAAUCAAAUCCCCAACCUUCCGGGAUGUGUUUUCCAGGAUUUGAAAGAAUUAAGGAUCCUUAAACUGGGAUCAAACAAAAUCCUGACCUUGAAUGAUGCCUUCAUGAAUGGUUUGCACAAACUUGAGACUUUGAAUUUGGCAAGCAAUAAACUGAGCUCUAUCAGAAAAGGAGAGUUUAAAAGCUUAACAUCACUCAGCAAUCUGUUUUUAUUUGACAAUCAGAUUGCCAGUAUGGAAAAUGGAACCUUUGAGGGAUUGGUCAACCUGACAGAACUUAAACUGGCCUCAAAUAAGAUCACUCAAAUAGGUAUAAGAAAUACUGUGCUCACGGGACUCCCACUUUUAAAAAGUCUUGAUAUAUCCUGUAAUUACAUCACAUAUGUAAAUGAUGAUAAACUAAACCCUCCACCCUUCUCUCAUCUGACAUCUCUGGAGAACCUCAGGAUAUUUAGUCAGCGUCACAAGGGACUGUCUCAUCUACCUAUCAACUUUCUUGAAGGACUGAAAUCUUUAUUGUCAUUCCAGGCAGGGAGUCUUAAUAUUAAGGAGCUGCACCCAGACACAUUCAUUCCCACACCCCAGUUGUGGUUUCUUGAUAUCAGUAAGAAUGAGUUCACAGCCCUCACUCUGAAGCUGUUUCACCCAAUCCCAAGGCUCAACAGCCUGUACCUGUCCAAAGCCCGACUUCAGUCCUUAGAUUUCCUCAUAGGAGCAAACCUCAGUAGAGUCACUUUCUUGCAGGUGAGCAAGAACGACAUAACAGUAGUCAAUGAGACAGUGUUGCGUUCUCUCCCUGCCUUGACAUACGUGGACAUGCAAGAUAAUGCUUUCACCUGUGGCUGCAGCGAUGCUUGGUUUGUCAAUUGGAUGGAGAACGACAACCAAACACAAGUUGUUGGUGCAGGAGAAUUUACCUGCAACUAUCCUGCCGAUCUAAAGGACACCAAGCUGUUGGAUGUUGAGCUUCAGUUCUGUACAGUACACUUUGGACUUUACUGCUACAUCUCUACCACUACUCUGAUCCUCCUCACCCUGAUAGCAUCCUUUGCCUACCACUUCCUGAAAUGGCAGGUAGUUUAUGGCUAUUACCUCUUCCUGGCUUUCCUCUAUGACACCAAGCAAAGGAAUAAGCACACGCCUCAUGGCUGUCAAUACGAUGCCUUCAUCUCCUACAACGCCCACGAUGAGCCCUGGGUCCUGAGGGAGCUUCUGCCAGAGCUGGAGGGAGAGCAGGGCUGGAAGCUGUGUCUCCACCACCGGGACUUCCAGCCAGGAAAACCAAUCAUAGACAACAUUAUGGAAGGCAUCUACGGAAGCCGCAAGACCAUCUGUGUGAUCAGCCGCCGCUACCUGGAGAGUGAGUGGUGCUCCCGGGAGAUCCAGGUGGCCAGCUUCCGGCUCUUUGAUGAGCAGAAGGACGUCCUGAUUCUGGUGUUCCUGGAGGAGAUCCCUACCCACCAGCUGUCACCCUACCACCGGAUGAGGAAGCUGGUGAAGAGACGCACCUACUUGAGCUGGCCCAGAGCUGGGGAGGAAACCGGGGUCUUCUGGCAGCAACUACGGCUGGCUUUAGAGACCAAGGACGGCUCUUCUGAGGAAAAUCCCAUACUCUCUGGUGUGCAGGCUCUGUGAUAGUGAAACCUUGAUUUGAAACAACCAUCACACUCUGAACCUUCACUGUAUAUUUACAUGAGAAUAUUAAAGAUGCACUCUCAAACUUUUGUACAAUUUCAGCCAGUAGUUUUAAAAGUGGUGCUCACGAGCCAAAAGUGGUCACUGUUUUUUGUGUAUUACGCCAUCUGAAGUGUUUUUUUACCUAUUCUUAUGAUAUGUUACGAAUUUAUUUUGUACUAUACGGUAUGUUACAAUUUUGCUGUGCUUAUCAUCCUGGAGUGCAUCUUUAAGAAGUUCCUAAGAGUAUUGAUGGGUCAAUCUAAGUAACUUAAUAAAAAAAAUCCCCAUCAAAAUCAGUUUAAGCUAUCAGGUUUUUUGCAUGAGCUGGUUCUCAGUCCACUGCUUCCGACAAACUGGUCUCAGAGCAAUUCAUAUUAUUCUGUACAUAUAUCUUUGAGGCCAAGUUUAGUAUGAUAUGUUUAGUAUGGUAUAUAUUAAUACAAAACUUACAAUAUGUGACAAAUUUGCAAAACAUAAUAUAUGUUAUGAAAUCUAGCUAGGUGGCUAGGUGGUUAAUGUUAGCUAGCUUGCUAAUGUUAGCUAAUUCACUAAUGUUAGCUAGGCUAGGGGUUAGGGUUAGGGGUUAAGGUUAAGUUUAGUAGUUAGGUUAAAGGGUUUCGGGUUAGGGGAAGGGUUAGCUAAUAAGCUAAGUAGUUACUAAUUAGCAAAAAUGUGGUAAGUAGUUGAACAGUUCUUCACUAGCUGAAAUGCUAAAGUUGUCCGUAAUGAGAUUCAACCUCGCAACCUUUGGGUUGCUAGAUGUUUGAGUUAUAUGCCCACCCAUCUGUCAUAUGCAACCAUGACAAACCUAACAUACCAUACUAAAUGGAGUGUUUUGGAUUCCCAGUGGAUUCAGAAAGUAUUCAGACCCCUUGACUUUGCCCACAUUUUGUUACGUUACAGCCUUAUUAUUAAUAAAUGUAUUUAAAAAAAAAUCCUCAUCAAUCUACACCCAAUACUCCAUAAUGACAAAGCAACAUUAGGUUUUUUGAAGGUUUUAGCUAAAAAAACAGAAAUACCUUUUACGUAAGGAUUCAGACCCUUUGCUAAGAGACUCAAAAUUGAGCUCAGGUGCAUCCUGUUUCAAUUGAUCAUCCUUGAGAUGUUUCUACAACUUGACUGGAGUCCACAUGUGGUAAAUUCAAUUGAUUGGACAUGAUUUGGAAAGGCACACACCUGUCUAUAUAGGUCCCACAGUUGUCAGAGCAAAAACCAAGCCAAGAGGUCAAAGGAAUUGUCCGUAGAGCUCUGAGACAGGAUUGUUUUGAGGCACAGAUCUGGGGAAGGGUACCAAAACAUUUCUGCAGCAUUGAAUGUCCACAAGAACACAGUGGCCUCCAUCAUUCUUAAAGGAAGAAGUUUGGAACCACCAAGACUUCCGAGAGCUGGCCGCAGGGUCGAACUGAGCAAUCAGGGGAAAAUGGCCUUGCUCAGGGAGAUGGCAAAGAACCCGUUGGUCACUCUGACAGAGCUCUAGAGUUCCUUUGUGGAGAUGGGAGAACCUUCCAGAAGGACAACCAUCUCUGCAGAGGGCACAUGAAGGACUCUCAGACCAUGAGAAACAAGAUUAUCUGGUCUGAUGAAUCCAAGAUUGACUCUUUGGCUUGAAUGCCAAGCAUCAUGUCUGGAGGAAACCUGGCACCAUCCCUACGGUGAAGCAUGGUGGUGGCAGCAUCAUGCUGUGGGGAUGUU